AAUCUGAAUUAACAAUUCCUGGUGUUUCUAUGUAAUUAGCUGUAAAAGAAAGCAAAAGAGUGUUAGUGAGGCUGCCAAGGUUACGAUCCCUUCUACGAUGAACUCGGAGUUUUCAGUAUUUUACAUUUUGCGUGAAUCUGUCACGUAAUCCUGGUUUAAUGCCCAAUAACAAAUAUUCAUCAUUGCUGGUGGUUAAUAUUUCACUCAGUGAAUUGUUGUGCGGAUGACAGUAUGAUCGUCGAAGCGCUGUCAUAAAAGCCAUCCGUCAAGUGGAGGUGAAAUUCAGUUGCAUUUACGGAACUUUAAAAGGAGGAAGGAUUGCUGUUUGUUUCGUGGACUCAAAGCAAAACGUAUCGACACGAUGAAGUCUUCCACGUGUCCAUUUACUGUGACUGCGGCUUCUUGUUUAUUUCUAUGUAUUACUGUUUCUCUUUCCAUGUUAUGCAUUUCACUUUGGCUCACAAGUCAAGGACUUACAAAUUAUGUAGAGUCCAUGAAGUAUAACCUCCAGAAAGAAGGUCAAAUUGGCAAGCGUGGGUCUGCGCACACAACGGUGGGAACUUCAUUUCGCAGACGAAGCGAUCGAGACAAAACGGGCUCUGUUGACAGUCACUUAAUCGAUGAUGCAUUCUCCGACUCUUGGCUUGAAGUACGUAAACAUCGUACCCGUCUUCUAACACGAACAAAGUGUUUACAGGACUUGUUCCUCAUAAUAAUCGUCUCUAGCUCUCCUGAAGCAAAUAAAAAUCGAAUGGUUAUUCGACAUACUUGGGGAACGGAUAACGCACUUCACCGGAAAUGGAAGACGGUGUUUCUCAUCGGCGAAGCUAGCAGUGUUGACAUUUCGUAUCGCAUCUCGCGCGAAGCGCAGAUAUUUGGCGACAUAAUUCAAGGUGACUACCCUGAAACGUUUACAAAUAAAGUGUUUAAGAUUGAGUCUGGAUUUGAAUGGGCAGCAAAGUACUGUAGCUUUAAAUACUUGCUUAAGACAGAUGAUGACGUGUUCGUCAAUACUCGCGGUCUCAUCGAAUUCCUCACCCAAACUGGCACGGCAAAUACAGACUUUUAUUUUGGACAUUUAAUGCAUGGAAACCCUGUUCUUCGUCAUGGUUUCUAUGGUGUUUCAGAAGAAGAUCAUCCUGAGAAUACUUAUAAAGACUACAUUUCUGGAGGCGGCUACGUGUUGUCAAGGGAUCUGGUCUUGAAAUUAAUUCCAAUGUUUGAUGUUGUGAAACCGCUUAAAGUUGAUGAUGCAUAUAUCGGAAUCCUAGCGGCCGAUUUGGGUGUUCAGCCAAUCUCUAGUACAACGUUUUUGAUGUAUAACGAUAAAAAAUCAUGCAAGGAUGACCCCAAUAUUUUGCUCAUUAGGCCAAUUGAUCACGAUUGCAUGGUCAAACUUUUCGACGAUACACAGAUGAAACUACUCUCUCAGAGUACUACAAAUUAGAGAUCAAAUAUGUAAAUGAUAAUAAUUAAUGCAAGUGUGGCUCAAUAGUCCUAGAACAAAAAUUUUUGAAAGUGAUGUAUGCUUUAAAAAUAUUUUUAUU